AUGAGCAAGAUCAUCCUCUAUGAGCAUGUUAACUUUCAGGGCAUCAGCAGAGAGUUCACCUCCUCCGUCUCCAACUUAAUUCAGGAGAAUUUUAAUGACUGCAUCUCCUCUCUGAAGGUGAUCGGGAAUCCAUGGGUGGCAUACUCAGACAUCAAUUUCAGUAGUAACCCGGAAAUCUAUGAAGAGGGUGAAUAUGCCAGAGUGGAGCACAAUGACAGCAUUUCCUCUCUAGAGUUGGUGACAGAGGACCUGACAGAUCCUCAGAUAACACUUUAUGAACAUGUGAACUAUCAGGGUAGAAGUAUUGUGCUGAAGAAUGAGACCAAUCUGUGCCAUGGCUCUUUUAACGAUGUAGCAUCUUCUCACAAGGUGCAGAGAGGAGCCUGGGUUCUGUAUGAGCAUAUCGACAGACAUGGGGCAAAGAUGGUGGCCAGAGCUUCUCGUGAUGUUCCAAGCUAUGGCUGGUUCAAUGACCGAGUGUCUCAUUUACGCCCCCUGAAGCCAGGAAUGCCCACCAUUACAGCAGAGGUUCUCUGGGACAAGAAGGAAGAACAUGUCAAAUCAGUUAUCCUCGACUCCAUAUGUGGCCUGAACCAUGGAGAAUGUGAACAAAGCUUCUCCACUGAGCUGUGUAGAGAGUAUGAGGGCUCCGUCACUGACAACUUCAGCUUUAGUAAUGCAACACAGAUCACCUUGGGAUCAACAUUUGAUGUAGAUGUAGAAAUGAUGAAGGCGAGCUGCAACCUCUCUUUGAGUAAUACCUUCACUGUGGAGAAAGGGAGCAGCAACACCAGAACUGAGAGGAAGAGUGUCCAGAUCUCCCUGCCAACCACUGUCCCUCCCCACACCAAGCUCACUGUGAACGUGGUGAGGAAAGAAGUGGAUGUGAAGGUCCCAGUCAAGCUGACCAUCACCACUGGUUCCCACAGCAGGGAUGAAUUUGGAGAGUACAGGUGCCAGUCUGGCAACUCCAUCACCACUGAGUUCAAGGAGGACAAAAUCUAG